AUGUUUUUCCAAAAGUAGAUCCAGGCUUUCCAAUAAAAUACUAAAUUAAUGCUAUUUAGUCUACUCUUGAUAUGUAAUCUUUAUCCCUUGCUCCGUUGCUAUUCCCUGACUGAUUAAUUUGUAUAAAUAAAGGCAGAGAAUAUAAUCAGAAUGAAAGCCAACAACACCUAAAGCAGUCCUCUAUAUAGUUCAUCAUCAUCCUUGUUCUGCAAAUCCAAAUGGGAAGCUCAUCCCCUCAGCUUCACAUUUUCUUCUUCCCUUUAAUGGCUCAAGGCCAUAUUAUACCAGUCAUAGACAUGGCAAAACUGUUUGCUUCGAGAGGUUUAAGAACAACCAUAGUCUCCACUCCUCUCAAUGCACAACUUCACUCCAACAAAAUCCAAAGAAUCAAAGAUAUGGGUAUCGAAAUCGAAGUGGUUCUAAUCAAAUUUCCAGCUUCAGAGGUUGGACUCCCCGAAGGAUGCGAGAGUUCCGAAAUGGCCACAACUCCAGAAAUGCAGCAAAAAUUCUUCAAAGCCACAACCAUGCUUGAAAACCAGCUUGAGCGGCUCAUUCAUGAACACCAUCCUCACUGCCUCGUGGCCGACGUGUUCUUCCCCUGGGCCACUGAUGUUGCUGCUAGAUUCGGGAUUCCGAGGCUCGUCUUUCAUGGGAUUGGUUUUUUCUCUCUUUGUGCUUCGCUCAGCGUAUUAAUGAACAAGCCUCAGAAGAAGGUGCUGGCUGAUUCAGAACCUUUUGACGUUCCUAAACUUCCAGAUGAGGUCAAGUUGACAAGAAACCAACUACCAACUUAUGCUGAAGGAAACGGUGAUACAGAAUUUUCCAGAUUGUUCAAAGAAGGUAAAGAGUCUGAGUUGAAGUCCUAUGGAGUAAUUGUUAACAGUUUCUACGAGCUUGAAUGCGCUUAUGCAGAUCACUACAGGCAGGUUCUUGGAAGAAAGGCUUGGCAUAUCGGUCCAAUCUCUUUGUUCAAUAAGACAAUUGGAAAAGACAACGAAAGUAGAGGAAUGGAAGCCUCCAUUGAUUGCCAUGAUGAUGAUCAAUACUGUCUGAAGUGGCUUGAUUCGAAGAAACCCGAUUCAGUUGUUUAUGUGUGUUUUGGAACCAUGUCCAAAUUCAAUGAUUCUCAGCUGCUUGAGAUUGCAGAGGGUCUUGAAGCUUCAGGACAGAACUUCAUUUGGGUUGUCAGGAAAGACAAGGCAGAGGAACUAAGAAAAGAAGAAUGGUUGCCAGAAGGAUUUGAGAAGAGAAUGGAAGGAAAGGGACUAAUUGUAAGAGGUUGGGCUCCACAAGUGCUGAUUCUUGAUCACGAAGCAGUUGGUGGAUUUGUCACUCAUUGUGGAUGGAACUCGACGUUGGAAGGAGUGUCCGCAGGGGUGCCAAUGGUCACUUGGCCGAUGUGGGCCGAGCAGUUUUACAAUGAGAAGUUGAUAACUCAAAUACUUGGAAUUGGGGUUGGUGUUGGUGCUAAAAAAUGGGCUAGAUUGGUAGGGGACAGCGUGAAGAGAGAAGCAGUGGAGAAGGCAGUGAUUCGGAUUAUGGUGGGUGAAGAAGCAGGGGAAAUAAGAAGCAAAGCCAGAGGCUUGGGAAAGAUGGCAAGAAGGGCUGUUGAAGAAGGUGGUUCAUCUAAUUCUGAUCUAAAUUCUCUUAUUGAAGAAUUGAGGUCACUUGGCUCUUCGACCUAGGCAAAAAAUUUUUCUUGUCUUCUAUCCUUAGUUGGAGGUUUUCAAAGGCGGUGUCAUAAACCAAAUGAUUAAAAAAUAUGGAUGAAUAAGAUAACCACUAUGUGACC